UUUUUCGCUUUCUACCUCGAUAGAGUCUCAGUUCUUUUACUCUUCAAUUUAAAUCAUGCCGGUUUUACAACCCUUAACGGCGGCCUCCACCAUGCUCCGCCAACGCAUAUCCACCGCACUCCGGACACGUUGCGGCGCCGCAGCAGGACCGAGUCGUUGGGCAUCAGCAGGACACGAAGAGAAACCAAAGGGGUACAUAUUUAACCGUACACCGCUACCCCCAGGUCAAUCUCGGAAAUGGGAAGACUGGGAGUUACCUUGUUACAUCACCAGUUUCUUAACUAUUGUCAUUCUUGGUGUGGGAUUGAAUGCUAAGCCUGAUCUGACCAUCGAAACCUGGGCCCAUCAGAAAGCACUCGAGCGCCUUGAAUUGGAGAAAUUGGGAGCCGUUGAUUCCGAGUGAUCGUCUUUGGUAUGAUUUAUCACUCUUUGGAUCCAUUUGUGAAAUGGGUUUUUGUUACUUUUUGGUUGGUUUGUUGAUAUUGUGUAGUGAAAUAAUAAGAUGUUUUCGACAUUUGUUAUGGAGCUCAACAUGCUGAUAAAAUUUUCUAGUUGGAAUUUAUGAGUUUCGACAAGGGUGUGUUUCCUUUGUUUUUAAUUCCAUAUGAUCUAUUUUCAGUGUUUGAUUA